ACUGCCAACUAGGCAGCUACUGCUACUACUACUACUUCCAAGUGUGGACUGUUUGACUUUAUUCAGCUUCUGAUUUUUGAGCUUUCCUUUUUCCUUGCUUGCAUAGUUCUACUCCUAUUUCAGAUCUGGAAACACGCGUCGGAGCACAACGACAAAAUGAGGAGGUGGUCGCCGCCACCGCCGCCGCGGCCGGGCGUGAUACUGAAAGCCCUUCGUGGAGGUGGCCUGGGCAUAGCUGCCAUGGCCUACGUCGGCGUUGACUACCUGCGCUACCUGUCCCCGUCGUUGCACGAGCGCCUCCAGCCGGCACUAUGGACCGUGCUCGCACUAGUUGCCGUCUCCCGCGUCCCCUUCUACAAGCACUGGUCCGCCGAGCUCCGCUCCGCUCUGCCCUUCGUUGCCGCGAUGCUCUUUAUGCUCUCCGCCCUCCUCUUCGAAGCUCUCUCCGUCCGCUUCGUCACCGCCGUCCUCGGCCUUGAUUGGCAUCGUACUGCACCCCCUCUCCCGGACACUGGGCAGUGGUUGCUGCUAGCAUUGAAUGAGAAACUUCCUCAAACAGUUGUUGAGAUGUUGAGAGCCCAUGUCAUUGGGCUCCACCAUUUCCUGAUGUUGUUCAUAAUGCUGGCAUUUUCUGUACUAUUCAACUCUGUGAAAGCUCCUGGGCUUGGGCUGGGUGCAAGGUACAUGUUCACCAUGGCAAUUGGGCGCCUUCUUCGGGCAAUAUCUUUUGUAUCCACGAUUCUGCCAUCAGCUAGGCCAUGGUGUGCAUCAGCUCGGUUCAGUGUCCCUACAUACCCUCAUCCAUGGGCUCAGAAGUAUUAUGUUCCUUAUGCUUCAGAUGCCACUGCUAUACGCCAGCUUAUUCAUCUUGAUAUAGCUUACGAAAAAGUUGCGGAAGUCAUUGUUGAUAAUCGUCCUGAUUGGGGAUCGAUGAGCUUCCUAAUUGAUUUCCUGCGACCCAAUCCUUCUGAAGGAGCGUCAUGGUAUAAUCUUCUAAAAAAAGCUGGAGGGGGCUGCAAUGACCUUCUAUAUAGCGGCCACAUGCUUGUUGCAGUACUCACUGCUAUGGCUUGGACGGAAGCUUACGGAGGCUUUAGCUCAGCUCUUAUAUGGAUUCUGGUUUUGCACAGUGCCCAGAGAGAAGUAAGGGAACGACACCAUUACACUGUAGACUGUGUCGUGGCCAUCUAUGUAGGGAUUCUUCUAUGGAAGAUGACGGGGUUUAUCUGGCCAACCAAGAAUGUGUCGAGGGAUAGAAGGCUAGAUAAGCUUGAGAAAAUUCAAAGUAGACUAAUCCAGGCUGCAAAGGAUUCUGAUAUGGACGAGGUGAGGGAGCUGUUGAAAGAGGUUGAGUUGGCCAGUACGCAAGACAACCAGCAAAGUACGAGUAGGGCUAUGUGGUUGUUUUCGGGCGCCACUAUUUUCUCCACGCUUACCAUAGUUCUUUUGGCCUUCACGUGGACGAGCGAUGGGUAAUUUCGUUUUUCUUUUUUGGCUGUGGAUCGUGAGAUUUGUCUUUACCACGAGUUUAACACGGAUAUUUGCUGCGGUUUACUAGUAUAACUCGAAAUGUUCUGCCAUUUUUUUUUUUUUAACUUCUUUAGUAUUUUUUUAUUUUAUAAUUCGGUAGUGUUGUUUGUUACUCCAUAUUUCUUUCCCCUUCAAGGUCCACAAAGUAAGAGAAAUGGUAAGAGAAUUGUCCCACAUUUCUAGACUGCUCUUUCUUGUCAACUGUAAAAUUGAGUAAUUGGAUAUCUCCAAUUUCCAACAUGGUACUAUCUAUUAAUCUGUGAGAUUUCUAUUUUAAA